AUGGGUAAAAAAAAUAUAACACCACAGAUACCAAAUAAAGAUAAUUUUUCAAGAAUAUCAUAUUUAUAUAAUCUUAGUAAUGCAUUAACUACUAUAGAUCCAAAUUUAUCUCGAGGGUAUAAUCGAAACUUAGAUUUGAUUUCCAAAAAGACUGUUUCCAAAAUAUCACCUAGUUUAAAAAGAACCGUUUGUAAGAGAUGUCAUACUUUACUUAUACCAGGAUUAACAAUGUCAAUGAGAAUUGAAAAUUUAAGUCGAAAACAAAAUCCUCAAAAUGAUGUGUUUGUAACGAAAUGUUUACAAUGUUCCAAGCUAAAGAGAUAUCCAAUUGGGAAAGAUUUAAAUUAUAUACCUUUCCAUGAAAGAGUUAACGAAGACACCGAUAUGUCAUAA